AUGGACGUAUCAGAGGCCUGCGCCUUCUCGCCCUCCCAGGUCUUCUACGACAGCGGCUGCACGUCCUCGCCGGAGGCCGGCGAGUUCCCGGACGGCUUCGGCCUCGGCGAGCUGGCGGGCUCGGAGGAGGACGAGCACGUGCGGGCGCCCAGCGGCCACCACCAGGCCGGCCACUGCCUGAUGUGGGCCUGCAAGGCCUGCAAGCGCAAGUCCAGCACGGUGGACCGCCGCAAGGCCGCCACCAUGCGGGAGCGCCGGCGGCUGAAGAAGGUCAACCACGCCUUCGAGACCCUGCGCCGCUGCACCUCCGCCAACCCCAACCAGCGGCUGCCCAAGGUGGAGAUCCUGCGCAACGCCAUCCAGUACAUCGAGAGCCUUCAGGAUCUGCUGCGCGAGCAGGUGGAGAACUACUACAGCCUGCCCGGGGAGAGCGGCUCCGAGCCCGGCAGCCCCACCUCCAACUGCUCCGACGGCAUGAUUGGUUGCAACAGUCCUGUUUGGCCUCAGAUAAACAGGAGCCAAGGAAACAUGUAUAACCAAGAGAUGCACAAUGUGAGCUCCGUAGGGAGGGCCCCUGCAGUGUCCAGUCUUGAGUGCCUGUCCAGCAUCGUGAACCGACUCUCCUCAGUGGACACCGUCGACCUAGUGGGGCCGCGGGACAUGGUUACUCUCUCCCCCUCCAGCAGUGACUCACAGCCCAGUACCCCUGAAGCCCCAUGCUCCAGACCCGUCUACCACGUGCUGUGAAA